AUGUGGAUCGGCCUGUGGAAGAGAAAAAACAUUUUACCAUCCACGGAACAACAUCCUGUUGGUGGCAAGCGGUGCGGUGGUGGCAAGCAGUGCGGUGGUUGCAAGCAGUGCGGUUGUUGCAAGCAGUGCGGUUGUUGCAAGCAGUGCGGUGGUUGCAAGCAGUGCGGUGGUGCCAAGCAGUGCGGUGGUGCCAAGCAGUGCGGUGGUGCCAAGCAGUGCGGUGUUUGCAAGCAGUGCGGUGGUUGCAAGCAGUGCGGUGGUGCCAAGCAGUGGGGUGUUUGCAAGCAGUGCGGUGGUUGCAAGCAGUGCGCUGCGGUUGUUGCAAGCAGUGCGGUGGUUGCGAGCAGUGCGGUGGUUGCGAGCAGUGCGGUUGUUGCCAGCAGGCGGUGGUUGCAAGCAGUGCAGUGGUUGCAAGCAGUACGGUGGUUGCAAGCGACGCGGUUGUAG